AUGCCGCAUUGUACUGUUCCUUUGUGCACAAAUGGCAGUCGAAAGACCAAAGGAACAGAUAUAAGUUAUCAUAGGUUGCCAAAUGGGCCGCUCAGAAGUGUUUGGUUGCGUAAUUUACGUCGAGAGAACCCUCGUGAGCGUGCGAAUACGUAUGUCUGCAGCGCACAUUUUGCACCCGAUUGUUUUGAACCGAAUGCUGAAGUAAUUCCUGGUUUCAAGAAACGUAAAACGCUGAAGCCAUCAGCAGUGCCAACUAUGUGUGCUUUUCCAACGAAGGGCAACGAAAACAAAACAAGAUUGUCAAGUGUGAAACAAAUACGAAAUCGGACAAGAAAGGUUUGGAGAUUCUUGUCUCACAUACUGUAUGAUAUUUCAUUUACUAAUCAAUAUACAAACAAUCCUGGCGCUUUGUGAACAAAAUGUAUACACAAUGUUGUAAAUCUUGUUAAUAUAAGAAUAUAAUUUUAAUAUACAUUUGAAGAAUACUUCAAAAACAAAGUUUGUACAAAUUCAUUAUCUAGUACUAUUUAUACAUUAAUUGUAACUUAAGGUUUGCAACAUUGAUUUGCAACAUUGACGAAAUUAUUUCGCUCUAUAUAAAAUGAAUGUGCCAAAUAACAUGUUUUAUUUUAAUUUGAAAUUUUAAUUAAACAUUUUUACCCAUGAACUGGUUACAAUUUAGCAUUUGGAAACUUUAGGAUAUUGUUGUAUUUUGCCAGGGGUCAUUAAUAUUCAUGCUAAACAUUAACCAGUCAAAUAUUCUGUUUUAUUCGUUAAUUUUAUCAAGGUUGCAAAAACAUUGGAACAAGACAUAUUUGUUCUGGAUGCAGAUAGUUGUUAUGCAAAUGAAAAUAUAGAAAGUUCAAAUGCUGAUGUGGAACAAACUACCUGUACUUCAACUCGACAUAUUGAAACUAUGACACAAGAUAAAGAGGUUCAGGUUCAACCUUUUAUUAAAACAUUUAAGACUGUUGGAACCCAAACUGAACAUUUACACAUGCAAGGAAAUACAAAAAUACACCCUGAUGACAUCAACAAAUUAUGUCACUUAGAAGAUCACAGUUACUCCUUGGGCCCAAAUAAUAAUUCUUCAACAGAUGACAAUAAAGACACGGUGGAACCAUGUACAACACCAUGCACACCAGUGACUGAAGAACAACUGACAUUGGUUGAAUGUGAUGAUGUCCAAAAUGGGGUUAUUGUGGAACUAAAGAAACAAGGACCUUCAAAUGAUGCAGAUAAUGACUCUCUGAGUGAUACCGGUUCUUCAUAUUGUCCUUCAGCUUCUGAUGAUGACUCUGAAACAGAUGAUGAAUAUUCCAUUGAUACUGCACCUGCUGUGGAAAAAAAAAUUAUUGUAUUUGAAAGUCAGUUACAUAAACUAUUAAAAAUUUGUCAACAUUGUGGUAGUCCCAUUGAUACUACAACUUAAAUAAAUCAGGGAAGUAUGGUUACAAUUGCUACAAAUUGUUUGAAUGGACAUAGUGUAUCCUGGCAAUCACAACCACUAAUCGAAGGAAAUGCAGCAGGAAACAUUUUGAUACCAGCAGCUAUUUUAUUCAGUGGAAACACCUAUAAACGCACUGUAGACUUUGCCAAGUAUCUCAACCUUCAAUUUGUUUCCUUCUCCCAUUACUAUACUACCCAGGCUACCAUUCUUUUCCCAGUAGUGCAACAUACUUGGAUAACAAGCCAGAAUGCACUGGUAAAGAAGUUAAAGCAAAGCGACAGUGUGGAUGUAUGUGGUGACGGGCGGUGCGAUAGUCCUGGGCAUUCUGCUAAAUAUGGCACAUAUACCCUGAUGGAUGAGAAAACAAACUUGAUAAUUGAAUUUAACCUUGUUCAAGUGACAGAGGUAACAUCGUCUAAUGCAAUGGAAUAUGAAGGCUGUAAGAGAACACUAAAUUCAAUUGUCAAGAAGAAGAUUCCAAUCCGAUGUCUUACAACAGAUCGUCACACAACAAUCACAGCGAAGAUGAGGACAAACUAUCCCAACAUUGUUCACCAGUAUGAUGUGUGGCAUCUUAGGAAGUGGGUGACCAAAAAGCUGUCAAAGAAGGCAAAAAAGAAAGAUUGUCAAGAGUUACUGCCAUGGAUCCAGAGUGUUUCCAACCAUUUAUGGUGGUGCUCUGUAACAUGCGAGCAGAAUGCAGAUGUCCUAAGGGAGAAGUGGUUGUCCUUGUUGCAUCACAUCACUGGUAAACACUGUUGGAGGGCCUCCAAGGAAUUUACAUUAGUAAAAAAAUGUGGCCACCCUAGAAUAAGUAGAAAAGAUCAAAAAGAGAUUGUAUGGGUUGAAAAUGGUUUCCCUGCUCAUGUUGCUUUGGAAGAAGUCAUCACAAACAAAAAGCUGCUGAAAGAUCUGGCAAAGCUAACAGAAUUCCACCACACUGGUGAGUUAGAGUCAUACCAUUCCCUUAUGACAAAAUAUGCACCUAAACGUGAGCACUUUUGUUAUAAUGGAAUGGUGGCUCGAACUCAGCUAGCCGUCUUGGACCACAAUGCCAAUGUGAACAGAGCCCAGGCAGAAGUGAAGAAAGGAUCAAAGCAAAGCGAGAAAAGGUUCAAGAUUGUUUGUGGCAAGCAGAGAAAGAACUGGGUGGCCAAGGAGAUUAAGACCCCAAAAUCCUACAGCUAUGUUGAGGGCAUGAUGAAUGAUGUAAUCUUGUGUAAGAAAGGCAAAAAAUUCAAAUACAAGCCAAAAAUUCAAGCAAAAUGUAUUGCACCAACUCCUAAGCCACCAAAACAGGAUGUCAUUGAGAAGCGGCUCAGUAAUAAACAGAAGUGA